CGCGCGCGGCCGUGUUCGCUUUCUCUCCGUUCUCCCCUUUCUUUUUCGUUCUUUCCCUUCGUUCUUUUGUGGACCGGUUCCCCGUCUGCCCAGGUCAGACAAAUAGUUUCGACCACAGGCGCAGGACGACCUUCUUUGCGGUUCUCAGCAAUUUUGGCCAGUCUGUCCGGGACAGUUCGCUGCUCUGAGCCCCUUUCGUGUCUUUCGUUUUCGUUCUGUCUUGUACAUCCUCUCUAGCUUUUUUGUGAACGUCCAAGACCCUGACGAACAUCAUGUCUGCUGUCCGAAUCCCGACUACUCUGGUCUACGGCAACGGCCAGGCUGAGACCCUCAUCGCCAUCGUCCUGUUUGCUAUCAUUUCCCUGCUUGCUAUCUUCGCUGUGGUCGUCCGUUACUCCUGGGAGCCGCUCGUCAACUUCGUCAAGCGCCGGCGGCUCGAGAACCAGCACCACUCCAAGGCGUUCUUCCACACACAACUUGGAGCAUAUAUCGCGUCGCUGAUGCUCAGCAAUGCCUUGGGCAGCGUUGGGAUGGUAAUAAAUGCUGAGUGGGCCUCUGCCAAGGUUGUGACCGAAGGGACUCUAUGCACUGCACAAGGGAUUCUUUCUCAGAUUGGGGAUACGGGAGGAGCGUACUUCACCGGCACCAUUGCGAUCCACACCUUCAACACGCUUGUUCUCCGGAACAAGGUGCCGGUCUGGAUGUGCCUGGCAACGACUGUCUUUGGCUGGUUGGUUGCGGUGCUUUUGGCCGCCACCCCAUCCUGGAUCCGCCCCUCUCGCUUUGGCCCUGUGUACGGCUUCAAUGACCUCUCUUGUGGGCUCUCAAUUGGCCACCCUAGCUUGGCCGUUGUCUUACACAUACUUCCGCUGCUGCUCGGUGCUAUCGUUUCUGUUGUCUUCUAUACGCUUGUAUUCCUGAUCCUCCGCGGCACUCUGACGAUCAAGAACGGCAUCAAGUUGAACCUGAAUCGAUCCCAUCGGUGGAGUACGUCCAGUGCUGCUACGGUAGAAUAUCAACGAUUCAUCUCUGCUAUCGCGAGGAGCAUGCUGUGGUAUCCACUUGCUUACAACAUCCUCCUCCUUCCGGAGAUCAUUGUCAGUCUUACUCGGUCGUCAGGUAUCACAGUGCCAUUCCCGGCGUCCGUGUUUGCCAUGACUAGCGCUGCAUUGCUCGGCACUGCUAAUGCUCUCAUUCUCGUUAACACCCUGCGCAUUCUACGUCCUUUCAUCCAGAGCAAUCUUCCAGCUGGGCCUGUCAGCACCGAGAAGAUGCGCAAGGACGACGACAUGGAGAGCUUCUUCGCCGGUUCCAAGUCUCCGAUGGCCUUCACCCCCUCCCCGAAGACCCCCAGGAACCCGGAGAAGGCAUUCCUCGCUGAGCGUGAUAACAAGCGCGAGUGGACGCCGCCAGUGCGCACCAUCUCCAAGCCUGCAGCUCAAAUCGGCGCAUCUGUUGCUCGCAGCCUCAGCCGUGUUAGGCGAAGCGUCUCUUUGAAGCGUAAACAGGCUCAGAUAAACCCAAUGGUUGAGGUGGCGCACCCCAUCACCCCCGUGGCUGAGCUGAACGCGAUGAUCACUGUUCCCCCGCCUGCCGCUAGGAAGACCGCCCUGCCGGCCAGUCCUCGUCUUCCCGGCGCAUCUCCCAGCCUCCCUGUACCUCGCCGUACCACGCGUUCACCCCUCAUCAGACAGCCCACGUUCACUGAGGGUUCUCCCGAGCCUCCUCUCACCACGAUCACGUUGAAGACACCAGAGCCUCCGAAGAGGAGUGAGUCGACCAAGUCGAGCCCGGAUAAAGCCUCUCGCCACACUUCCGCGAAUGAGUCUCUCCUCUCGAUGUACAUGUCCCGUACCCCCGAGCAGCCAGAAAUGGAGAAGCCUGCCCCGCCUCCCAAGCCGAUGUCCGCCAAGCCUCGUCCCCAGCCCACGCCGUUCUCCGCACGCCCGCAGGCGACCCAGACCACUUUCGCCACCUCCCCGCUCUCGACGCUUCGUUCAGCCCGUGCCCCCGUCAACUAUGGGAUGACCCCCAGGACGAGGGAGGCCUUCACGAGCAACGAGUGGCCUGACCGCGUCCGCGGUGAUGCUUCCCUGCCGACUACUGCGACAACCAAGGCCGAGCGCCGUCGCUCCCGUUCACUGGAUCUGACGAUCCCUGCGUACUCGGCGCGCACCCCCGUGCCUGGCACCACGCGCACGCCCAUGUACGGGAAUACGCUCGACGUUCAGACCCCGAGCCAGAACCGUACUGGAAACACGAACGCGCGCACGCCGACGUCUGCACGCCGUAUGGGAAUGGCUCCGAUGACCCCGGCAAGCCGUGCAGGUUACCUCUGAACAGCGUCGCUUCAGCCCCGCUCUGCUUCCGCCUUGAGUGUUGAGCUACGAGUGCUUUGACGAACCUCCCUGACGACCCAUGAAUAGACUCGAUCCGUGCAGCAGCAGUCAUGAUCCGCGCCCGCCGUCCUCCCGUCCGCAAAAUAGCACACCUGCAGAUAGCCCCCUGCCCGUCUACUCCCUGCGCAGACUGCGGGUAUAACCCGCCAGUCUCGAUUGGACACUCGUUCCUGGAAUCCUGUAAAUGGAUUCUGGGGACGGGUCUGUACGCCUAUGCAUCAGCCCAGAGACACUAGUACUGUACGUUCGCAGGCCCCCUUGGACACGAUCCCCUUGUCUCUUUGCGAGCAUCUUCCACGGACUCUUUCUUCUUCCCCUUGAGUCGGGGCACUUGGUACCCGCGGCGUGGCCAGCCGUGGUGACCUGGCGUGUGCCGACACCUCCCUACGAACCUUUUUCGAUCUGUAAUGUGAUAGCUGGACUGUGCGUUACGGACGUGGAGGACUGCGCCGCAAACAUUGUGCUACAUCCGACCUGUAGUCGACACCCACACCCGCUGCUGCACGCUCGUUUCUAUUUAAUCUUAUGUAUUACCUCUACC